AGAUCCAGCCCGUAUUAUGGCUGGCAGUGGGUCCAGGUCAGGACCAUCCAGUGGGUUUUCCAUGAAAUCACAGCUUCAAAUCACUGUUAUUUCAGCAAAACUAAAAGAAAAAAACAAGUGGUUUGGACCUAGCCCUUAUGUGGAAGUCUCGGUAGACGGGCAGUCAAAGAAGACAGAAAAAUGCAACAAUACGAAUAGUCCAAAGUGGAAACAGCAUCUUACAGUAAUUGUCACUCCUCUAAGUAAAUUAAACUUUCGAGUCUGGAGCCAUCAAACAUUAAAGUCUGAUGUCCUUCUGGGAAGCGCUGCACUGGAUAUUCAUGAGACUUUGAAAUCAAACAGCAUGAAACUGGAGCAGGUAGUGGUGACGUUGCAUCUUGUUGGUGACAGAGAACCAGCAGAAACGGUCGGAGAUUUGUCCGUCUGUCUAGACGGGAUGCAGGUGGAUCCUGAGCUCCUAACCAACGGUGACGCCUCAAGUACGAGGAGUCCUACACAGAAUGAUAGCUCCAAAGCAAGGAAUGAUACACGGACUAACUCAAACGGCCUCGAAAGUUGUGAAGAUGCUGCUCCCAGUGAAAACAAGACUGUUAACGGUAGCGAUUCUCCGUUACUCACAAAUGGCAACUGCAAACCUGCUCGACCUCCCAGGCCUUCUAGACCACCCCCACCCACUCCCCGCAGACCAGCUUCCGUAGCGGCAAGUGUAAACGGCCCUUCAGCCACGUCUACCGAAAGCGACGGGGCCAGUGCGGGCUCGCUGGCCAGUUCAGCUGCAAGCACAACCUCAGAACUGAGCCCGGAGGGGGCAACGGCACGGGCGACGACGACGGCUCCUGCGACUGCUGCGCUCACCACCCCCCCGGUAUCGAGACAAGUGCAGGCAGUAAACCCUUCCCCUCAGGCGCUCACCACAGUCAGCCAAGGCCCUCUGCCACCUGGUUGGGAGCAAAGAGUAGACCAGCACGGUCGAGUAUACUAUGUAGAUCAUGUUGAAAAAAGAACGACGUGGGAUCGGCCGGAGCCUCUUCCUCCAAGCUGGGAGCGACGAGUUGACAACAUGGGGAGAAUUUAUUACGUCGACCACUUCACUAGAACAACGACAUGGCAGAGACCAACGUUAGAGUCAGUUCGAAAUUACGAGCAGUGGCAGCUUCAGCGCAGUCAGCUUCAAGGAGCUAUGCAGCAAUUUAAUCAGAGAUUUAUAUAUGGGAACCAGGACUUCUCAUCCACACAGAACAAAGAGUUUGAUCCUCUUGGCCCUCUGCCACAUGGAUGGGAGAAAAGGACUGACAGCAAUGGCAGAGUGUAUUUUGUCAAUCAUAACACACGAAUCACUCAGUGGGAAGAUCCCAGGAGUCAGGGUCAGUUAAAUGAGAAACCCUUGCCAGAGGGCUGGGAAAUGCGAUUUACUGUGGAUGGCAUCCCCUACUUUGUGGAUCACAACCGAAGAACCACUACCUACAUAGAUCCCCGCACGGGCAAGUCUGCUCUAGACAAUGGACCCCAGAUAGCUUAUGUACGUGAUUUCAAGGCAAAGGUCCAUUAUUUCAGAUUCUGGUGUCAGCAACUGGCAAUGCCGCAGCACAUAAAGAUCACAGUGAGCAGAAAAACAUUAUUCGAGGACUCAUUUCAACAGAUAAUGAGCUUCAGCCCUCAGGAUCUACGGCGACGUCUGUGGGUUAUUUUCCCUGGUGAAGAAGGCUUAGAUUACGGAGGUGUUGCAAGGGAGUGGUUCUUUCUAUUGUCACAUGAAGUUUUGAACCCAAUGUAUUGCCUGUUUGAAUAUGCAGGGAAAGAUAACUACUGCUUACAGAUAAACCCGGCCUCUUACAUUAAUCCAGACCAUUUGAAAUACUUCCGAUUUAUUGGAAGAUUCAUCGCCAUGGCUUUGUUCCAUGGGAAAUUCAUUGACACCGGUUUCUCUCUGCCGUUCUACAAACGUAUCCUAAACAAGCCAGUAGGACUCAAGGAUUUGGAAUCCGUUGACCCAGAGUUUUACAACUCUCUCAUCUGGGUAAAAGAGAAUGAUAUUGAAGAAUGUGGCUUGGAAAUGUUUUUCUCCGUUGAUAAAGAAAUUCUAGGUGAAAUCAAAAGCCAUGACUUGAAGCCAAAUGGUAGCAACAUUCUGGUCACAGAAGAAAAUAAAGAAGAAUACAUUAGGCUAGUAGCAGAGUGGAGACUUUCCCGGGGUGUUGAGGAGCAGACACAGGCUUUCUUUGAAGGCUUCAAUGAAAUUCUGCCGCAACAGUAUUUGCAGUAUUUUGAUGCGAAGGAACUGGAGGUGCUUCUGUGCGGAAUGCAAGAAAUCGAUCUGACCGACUGGCAGAGGCAUACCAUCUACCGGCACUACACCCGGACCAGCAGGCAGAUAGUGUGGUUCUGGCAGUUUGUGAAAGAAAUAGAUAAUGAGAAGAGAAUGCGACUCUUGCAGUUUGUGACUGGAACAUGCAGAUUACCGGUGGGAGGAUUUGCUGACCUCAUGGGGAGCAACGGACCCCAGAAAUUUUGUAUUGAAAAAGUUGGAAAGGAAAACUGGCUACCCAGAAGUCACACCUGUUUCAAUCGCUUAGACCUUCCACCCUAUAAGAAUUACGAGCAGCUGAAGGAAAAGCUGUUGUUUGCAAUUGAAGAAACAGAAGGAUUUGGGCAAGAAUAGCUACAAUUUGCACCUCGAAGAAUGUGAACUCAACACAAUGUAUGUUCUU